AUGGGCUACUCUCUCUUGCUAGCGUCCCUUACAUCCGGUAUCUUACUGUUCUGCUACUUGUUCUAUCUCUUGCGUAACCGUCGGCGUGCAACUUUCCCUCCCGGCCCCAAAGGACUUCCGCUCAUAGGGAACCUCUGGGACGUGCCUUCAGAGUACCCAUGGAUCACCUAUGCUCAAUGGACCUCUAUCUACGGCGACGUCCUCUAUCUAGAUACUCCUGGAAAUCCGACCGUUGUACUCAACUCUGCCCAAGCAGCGGAGGAUCUACUCGAAAAACGAUCCGGGAAUUAUUCGGAUAGACCAGAUUUCACCAUGAUACACUUAGUGGGAUGGGGGAUAGACAUGGGUUUUAUGAGAUAUUCUGACUGGUGGAGAAUGCAUCGGCGCAUAUUUCACCAAUACUUCCAGCCCCGUGCAAUUCCUGCAUAUUAUCCUGUGCAAAUGAGAUCGUCUGCGGUCUUGCUGCAACAGCUGCUUAAAUCUCCGGACCCAUUUGCUCUCCAUGUUCGCCAUCAUGCCGGUUCAAUCAUCGUGAAACUCGUUUACGGCUAUGAUGUAGACGCAAAUGGUGAUAAAUUUGUGGAGUUGAUGGAUCGGGCAGCGGAAAGCGCUCGGGUCACUGGGAACGUAGGGUCUUUUCUUGUUGACUACUUCCCUAAAUUGAAAUACCUUCCCCGAUGGUUACCCGGUACAAGCUUCUUAGGUCUUGCGGAGGCCUGGAGAAAGGAUGUCGAGGACAUGAAAAACAGACCAUUUGAAUACGCUUCGGAGUCAGUGGCUAACGGCCCUGCGUCGUCUUCAUUCGUCUCCGAAAAUCUAGAAAAGAUGAAACAGAUAAUCGUGUCGGAGGAUGAGACACACGUCGAAGUAAUCAGGAAUACAGCUGCAGUAGCCUUUGCUGCGGGUGCCGACACUACGGUGGCAACUCUACUUUCCAUAAUACUCGCAUUCCUUCUUUACCCGGAGGUACAAGUGAAAGCCCAAGCCGAGCUGGACGCAGUGGUUGGUUCUACCCGGUUGCCGAACUUCGACGACAGACCCCAGCUGCCCUAUAUCGAAGCUAUCCUGUUGGAAGCGCUGAGAUGGAAUCCUGUUACUCCGAUGGGUAUUGCCCAUCGUAGUGUGAAGGAGGAUAUUUACAAAGGAUAUUAUAUCCCUGCGGGCGCGACUGUCAUUGCUAACGCUUGGGCUAUACUCCACGACGAAAAAGACUAUCCCAACCCAAUGGUUUUCGAUCCCGACCGAUUCAUACCCAGGGACGGGAAAAAACUUCAACCGUACCCCGCAGCCGCGUUUGGUUUUGGAAGACGUAUAUGUCCUGGCCGUUAUUUCGCAUUGGAUACCGCAUGGAUCACUAUCGCGUCAAUGGCAUCGACGUUGUCGUUUUCCAAGGCCGUAGAUUCUGAGGGUCGCGUUGUUGAACCUAGCGCUACCUUUAGAGAUGCCUUUCAGAGCUCUCCAGUGCCUUUUAAAUGUACGAUCAAGGCGCGCUCAGCUGAGGCCCAGGCGGUGAUAAAUUCGGGUGGAUUGUAGAAUUCGGGGCACCCGCUGAAUUAUCUCUACUCAUAACUUUCCGUGCCAAUUAAGACGCAUUCAAGCAAAGCAACGGCAGGUCUAAAACAGUUGUAAUAGUUUUGGAACAGUAACUUGCUUCGAGUAAUGCAAGUUGGUUGAGAGUGGAACUCCCAUGUGGAAGGGUUUUUGAGAUUCAGAGGUUGCCCGGGCCGAGGCAUCCGGAAAGCUACUUCGCACCGUCAUCGGCAACAGCGCCUGUAGUUGUUUGCCCACUAUUAUUAUCAGUGUCUGUCAUUAUGCCUUCUGCGUGUCGCAUUCCACAAUCAUGAAGAAAGAUUCCGCCAAGAUAGGGUCACAGCUGGCAGCUGAUUUCCUUUGAUGAAGAGUGA